UGUGUGCGGGUCCGGUCCUCCGUGGGGAGAAGCCGACGCGCAGCGACACGACCGACCGGCGGGAGGGACGGAGGGACGGACACCGGGGACCUGUGCACCUGGAGGCGCUGUGCUCUCUGAGCGGAGAGUGGAUGAGGUUGAUGCUGCUCUGCUGCACGUGGAAGGACGAACGCAUGGGAGAGGAGGAAGCUGGAGGAAGUUUGCCCGUCUGUGCGGGAUGCAAACAGAGGAUCUACGAUGAGCAGUACCUGCAGGCCCUCAACGCUGACUGGCACACUGUCUGCUUCAGAUGUUGUGAGUGCAGCGGCUCGCUGUCCCACUGGUAUUAUGAAAAAGAUGGACGGCUUUUCUGCAAGAAGGACUACUGGGCCAAGUUUGGGGAGCUGUGCCACGGCUGUAAUGAUCCGAUCACCACCGGCCUCAUCAUGGUCGCAGGGGAACAGAAAUAUCAUCCAGAAUGCUUCACCUGUCUGAACUGCAGGACGUUCAUCGGUGAUGGAGACACGUACGCCCUGGUGGAAAGAUCCAAACUCUACUGUGGUCACUGCUACUACCAGACCAUCAUCACCCCGGUGUCACUGCCGGAAUCACCAUGCUCGCGAAUCCCGCACACGGUCACGCUGGUGUCCAUCCCAGCCUCCGCCGAGGGCAACAAUGGACGCAGAGGGCGAGGUUUCUCUGUGUCCAUCGAUCAGCCACUGAGCCCGACCAACGGCUACAGUCCUGAUCAUGGACACACUAUUAGAGUCUCCCAGGUGGACCCAGACUGCAUCAGUCCAGAUGUGAAAAAUUCCAUUCAUGUUGGAGAUAGGAUCCUAGAAAUCAAUGGGACGCCCGUUCACAAUGUUCCUCUGGAUGAGAUCGACUUACUUAUCCAGGAGACCAGCCGGCUGCUGCAGCUCACCAUCGAGCACGACCCUCACAGUCAGGGGCAGGAGGGAGGCCCCUCAGAGGCUGAGGAGCAGGUGGACAGCCCCCUGUCUACCCCUCUGCCCCAGGGGCCCAGCCCCAUCCUGCCCAUCACCCAGCCCCCCAACCCCGACAUCAGCAACCUGAGAUCCCGCAUCAUCACGCGCAGCUGCAGCAUUGAUAAGUCACCAGGAUCCAGCAACGCAGCGUCCCCCAUCUCCCAGAGGAAGGAUAUGAAUCGAUCAGAGUCGCUGCGAGUCGUUUCAAACCGAAUGCACCGCAUCUUCCGCCCAUCUGACCUCAUCCAUGGGGAGGUGCUGGGGCAGGGCUGCUUUGGUCAGGCCAUCAAGGUGACCCACAGGGAGACAGGGGAGGUGAUGGUGAUGAAGGAGUUGAUUCGCUUUGAUGACGAGACACAGAAAACAUUCCUGAAAGAGGUGAAGGUCAUGCGUUGCCUGGAACACCCUAAUGUGCUCAAGUUCAUCGGCGUCCUCUACAAGGACAAGAGACUCAACUUCAUCGCAGAGUACAUAAAAGGAGGGACCUUGAGGGAAAUCAUCAAGAAAAUGGACAGCAACUAUCCCUGGAACCGGCGGGUCAGUUUUGCCAAGGACAUAGCUGCUGGGAUGUCAUAUCUGCAUUCCAUGAACAUAAUCCACCGGGAUCUGAACUCUCACAACUGUCUAGUCCGAGAGAACAACACAGUGGUGGUGGCAGACUUCGGCCUGGCCCGGCUCAUGAUUGACGACAAGCACGAGGAGAAGUUGUCCCAGGGUAAACUGUCUGGUCUGAAGAAGCCUGACCGCAGGAAGAGGUACACUGUUGUGGGAAACCCCUACUGGAUGGCUCCUGAGAUGAUCCAUGGGAAGAGAUAUGAUGAGAGAGUAGACAUCUUUUCCUUUGGUAUCAUGCUCUGUGAGAUAAUUGGCAGGGUGAACGCAGACCCAGACUACCUCCCCAGGGCGAGGGACUUCGGAUUGAACGUUUCUGGGUUCCUGGAGCACUUUUGUCCCACAGAUUGUCCCCACGCCUUCUUCCCCAUGGCAGCUGUGUGCUGUGACCUUGAUGCGGACAAACGACCUGCUUUCACCAAACUGGAGGAGUGGCUGGAGAACCUCAAGAUGCACUUGGACAUCGGUCUUCCCCUGGUGUCUGAACUGGAGAUGAUGCACAAGGCCUUCUGGGAGAACCACAGCAUCUCACACCCUGAAAACGGCCUGCACACCCACCCCGAACAGCCGGAGUAGGACUGAACACAACAGGAAGUGUGGGAAGAUUGAAUUCCCCCACCAGGGCGGCGACCGCCUGCCUCAGGUGGUCCAGCGACUGGAGGAGUCAUGUAAAUACCCCUCCAUGUUUGAAGCAGAUGCAGCGAGCUCAGGCUGGCUCAGGCUUAAUGGACAGACAGACUCAGGGGGAAAAUGUGGAUCUUAAAAGCCACCUGUGCGAGAUGCACUAACACACACACACACAAAUCAAGAGACAUUAACUAUGAUAGCUUGUUUCUGCUGAAUCCAAAGCUUAAGUGGAACAUGUCAUAUGCAAUUAGACCCAACUUUCAAAUCAUCAACUCCUGAAUCCUGUAGAAUUAACAUCAGUGGCCAGGUCAUUCAAGAAAACGUAUUGUUGUUACUGUAGUGUGUGAAUCCAUAUGGAUUAAGUAGUCCAAAAACAAGGUUCAAAGCAAACCUUCAGCCCCUCUCUUUGGGCAUCCACAGAGUACAUUGUGCCGUAUGUGAUUGCAGGUGUUUUUUCUGUGAGUUUGGUUUGAUAUUUGCUUUUUGGUUUGGAUUUUAAAACUGAAUUUAUAAAAACUGCAAAGCAGAGGGGCCUGUCUGUCGCUCAAGACACACAAGGUUGCCAUCAUCGCGUUGUCCACUUUUGCAAGUCAAACAAUACCUUUCAAGCUUUAAGCUGCUUACUGAAGAGCGCAUGACUGUAAAUAAUGCCCUCAGGUCAGAUCCUGGUUCAUCGUGUCUCCCUGACCUCAGACCUACUUGUGUCUGUUGCGCUGCUCCUCUCCCUCAUGUGUAGCACUGACUUCACACUGUACACAUAAAGUCGUCACGUUGUCUCCCCGAUUUUAAGAGCUGUCUCAUUCACAUUCACUCGGCAACUUGCAGUGUAUCAUGCAUUUAUACAAGUGUACAUAGCUGGCAACAUUGUAAAUGUUUUAAAUAUUGUAUAUUUACAUAGACAUAUUUUAUAUAAAUAUGCUACAUUGCCAUAUUUUUACUGGCCGACCAGUUGAAAUUCAGGAGAGUAAUAGUUUGACGGCAGGCCACUGUGGCAGGUUAGAGGCUUUUAGCAUUUGAGAUAUGAGAAAUCUUAUCACCAUGAAACAUCUCCAACCCUCAUUUCGAGCUCAGUAAAUGUCACAUUCUCUCAUUUCUCUCUAUCAAACAAGCAUUUCUGAAUAAUUAAUUAACCCCAUAAUACUGGAUUAUCUAAUUACAUCAAAGUGUUGCCCAUUAUUAUUGGGCUAAUUAUCGAUAUUCAUCGACAGAUCUUUUAAUAAUUAUUCACUCAUCUCAUGCACUGCACAGUAGUGGAGGUGUGGGGAUGAUAACACAAGGUACUGUCCUAUGAUGUCAGCUGUCUGUCCACAUAUCUGUCUCUCCUCCUGUGGAUGAUCCACUGUUCGUUUACAUGUAAAUGCUAGCUGUAAAUAUCACUGUAUAUACGUGUCUGUCCUUACAUCUGUCUGCGUGCAUUGCAUAAAUAUCUGCCACUUGCUACGUUUCUCUCUUGCACCUUCGAGCAUAAGAUUUCUGUCUCCAAUCUAAAAAUCUUUUUUGGUAUUAUUUAAAUUUUCUGCUGUUGUUUUUUUAAGGGCUGCAUGAUGUACUACUAGGUAGGUGUCUCCAGCUUCUAAACCAAGUCCUUUUUUAUUCUAAAUAUUCUGAUUUUGAAUAAGAAAACCAGAAUGAGAAAAAGUCAACAGAGAAAGCCAGGCUAAAAAGAAGAUGAGAAAAAAAAACAGCAUUUUGUUUAUAUAUCCACUGAAAUCUUUUGUAUAGAUUUGAGUACUUUUAUUUGCACUAUAUUACCUAAUGGCUGGUUGAAGCCAUGUUUAUUAAUUUCCUCUCGUGGGCUACUUGUGAUAAGGAAUAAAUUAUGUCAGUUCAGGUUGAUAAACUUAUGAAUGCAAGACACUGAUAGAGCCUUUCAACUGUAAAAUGGGAUCUGGGGAAUUCAUCCUCUUGAUAGCAAACUGGAUUGUGUGAAGAUUAGUGGCGUUUCUGAUUAUUAAGAUGCGUUUUUGUGUGGUUCAGAUUUGAAAAACAUUUUUGGCUAUGAUAAUAUAGUUUGUAUGAAUUUUCAAGCAAAUGCCUCCAAAAUUCUUGGAGUAUCUUGAUGUCCAGUUCUUUUUCGGUCUUUGCUACCAAGAGGAUGUGACGUCUCAGUUCUGCCUGCUGCCUACAGACUGGUCCUUUGUGAAAGAUGUUCUGUGUUGUUUCUGACUGCUUGGUUUCAAAUGUGAUGCCGCGAGAGGCUGCAACCACUGCUGGUCCCUCUGAUAGUGAAGCACUUAAACUGGCUUGCCUCACCUCUCACCUAACCCCUCACACUCUUCUGGCUCAGGGCCGUAACUUUCUGGAGCUCACGUCACAAUUCAGUUAAUUCAGCAGCUUUUACUGGAAAACGGUACUUAACACUAACAGACACAAAGAGCAUGCAACCUUCUGUCAAUAUAUAUAAAUAUAUAUAGGCUGAUAACACAAAAUAUGCUACUGUAAAACAAGCCCCUCCUGGUUGAUGUGUUCGUCCGUGAGCAUGUACUGUACACGGCUUUGCCAUGUUUCUGUCUCCAUUGCUGUCUGAGCCACGUCGAGCAUGUUAGAUGUGUCCGUGAAGACGUCUCGAUGAUCGAUGAGAAUGUUUCAGCAGCAGUUCUUUGCAAAGGAUCGUUACCUCUGAACAAUGCUGUGCCUUUGUUGUAAGCUAGCCUUGCCAACGAAUCGAAAAAACGUGAACUGAUUUCCCUUUUUUUUUAUGUAUCAUAAGUGCAAGCCUGAUUCAAGUGGAUUGAAUAUCAUUGCUGAUGCUGUUUUAUUAGGUUCCGUCUUGUUCUGUAUCAUAUUUAUCUUUUCCAGACUUCCAUUGUCUGUUUGGAUAUUUGAAUAUAAAAUUUCAUUUUUUGGUCUUAUUUAAAACAUUUUUUUACACAAGCUGUGAAAACAAUUCUGCACUUUAUUCCUGAAGGUGAACAUGACGCUGGGGAGGCGACUGUUUUUUUUCUUCUUUUGUCACAGCUAAAAAUAAAACUGUUGCUCCUUAAACAAA